AUGAGGCACACCAGGCACCUGUGGACCAGACCUGGGGUCCUGCUUGCAUCGGGCAGCACGAGCCCAAGCGCUGCAGCGGUCACACCCGACACUAAGGUUGCAGCCGCCAUCUCUGCAGCCUGCGAGCAGCUGGGCAAGCCGUUUCCGGCAGCCGCGGUGCAGGCGCUGGAAUCAAACUGGUACAGCACCGCCGCCGAGCUAGCAGCGCUUCCCGAAGAGACGGCACGCAGCCUAGGGGUGCCCCUGCGCCUCAAGACAGCUGUUGCCGACAUGCUGUCAAGCAGGAGCGCUCCGCCGACAGCAGCACCAGCAGCGGCACGAGGGGCAGCAGCAGCCGUAUCAGGGCAGCAGCAGGCGGCGCAGCCACCUGGCAGCGCCAAGGGCUUCUUGAGCUCAGCGAUGCAGUAUUUUGGCAGCCUGAUGCAGCCAGAUGGCGAGGUGAGCUGGGCAGCGCUGCCGAUCGAGGAGCGGCGCAGCCAGAAGAUGGCGCGGUUCAACAACCCCUUCAGCAGCGCGGAGAAGGUCAGCAAGCGCACGAAGCCAGAACGCUACGCCAUCUCGCUGGCAGAGAUGAGCCCCGCGCUGCAGGCCGAGUUUGCCGCCUUCCACCGCUUCUGCACGGUGCGCUUCUUUGGAGCGCAGUCCGAGCCCAUCGCCGAAGUCACGGCGGCCAAGUAUGCCGACCACCUGAGGGGCAUGCUCGGGUACGUGCACCGCGAGCGAGGCGUGCCGCUGGACGCCCUCUCCUUCUCCCAGCUGCUGCCGUCGUCGGAGCGGGAGGGCGUUUCAGUGGUGUUCGACUACAUCCUCUGGCUGCAUGCGGCGCGCAACAUCUCUGUGAACACCGAGGGCCUGGUGGUGCGUUCAGCUGCGGCGGCAGCCAAGUUUGUCUACCACAGCAAAUCCACGGUGAACCCCGGCCGUGGGGAGACGGCCUAUAGCGACCUGGGUGUGGUUAAAGAGCUGCGUGCCAUGAGCAAUGCAGCCAAGCGGCAGGCCAAGGUGGCGCCACGUGUCUCGGACGAGGAGAAGAAAUGGCUGGACUGGCCAGAGUAUCUGCAGGUGUGCGCCGAGCUGCGGCUGGAGUGCGCGGCUCGGGAUCCAAACGGCAGGCACCGCAAGCCCUCUGCUGUGGCCUGGAGCCUGCAGCGGUACCUGCGCACUCUGCGGGAGCUGGAGGUGGGGCGCACGCUGGUGCGGGACCGCGAGGGGCGGUGGGUCAUCCGCCACGGGCCACAGGACUACAAGACGGGGCGUGCCUAUGGUGAGCGCCCGCCGCUGGCCAUCGCGCCCCACAUCUAUCCCGAGCUGGAAGCUUACAUGGACAAGUGGCGCGCCUGCCUGGAGCCGCGUCACAACUUCCUGUUCACGCAGCGCAACGGCGAGCCUCUCAACGAGAAAAGCCUGUACAAGCUGUUCUGGACAACAGCGUAUCGGCUGACAGGCAAGCGCACCAACCCACACCUGGUGCGCGACAGCAUCGUCACAUACCUGCGUGGUGGAGAUGCCACGGAGCGGGAGCUCGAGGCCCUAGCGCUGUACAUGGGCCAUUCAGUUGAGAUGCAGCGAGGAGUGUACGACCGCCGAACCAAGGAACAAAAGGUGGAGCCGGCGGUGGAGCUGCUGGCGGAGCUGAACCGCAGGGCCAUGUCGUCGGCCAGCAGCGGCAGCGACAGUGAGCAGUAG